AUGACUGUCCUCAGAUCUUUUGUGGCGCUAGUCGCUCUUCAGUUUGCAGUCGCAGCACCGCAGGUUCCCAAUGCUGGAUCUGUUGUGAAAUCAGACAGUCAAAAAAUUGCAAGCCGGCACACCUCUCUCACGACAGAAGAAAUAGACAAGCUUUUCAACCUCCAUGAAGAGCUGGUUAAUAUUCCCUCCAUCUCCGAGGACGAAGUCGAAUGUGCCAACUUCUUGUCCGAGUACUUGACUGGUUUGGGUUACUAUGUUGAUGAGGUGCCAGUAGGAGACACUGGCACCUUUAACGUCUUCGCUUAUCCGCAGGCGCUCAAAGAUGAAGGAACAUGGCCCGAAGUUCUGAUUACGAGUCAUAUCGAUACUGUCCCACCAUUCUAUCCUUUCGAACGCCGAGAAGAGAACGGUACAGUCUAUCACUAUGGUCGUGGCACAGUCGACGCCAAAGGGCCCAUAGCGACCAUGAUCAUUGCAACGCACAAGUUCUUCCAAUCACGCACCGACACACCUAGCCUAGGUAUGUUAUUCGUUGUUAGCGAAGAAAUUGGCGGCACUGGAAUGAAAGCAUUUGCCAAGUAUGCCUCCAACAUGACCUUCCGUGCCGGCAUCUUCGGCGAGCCAACGGAAGGCAAGCUUGCUAGCGGACACAAAGGCAGUCUACGCGUUGACUUGAAUGUCACGGGCAAAGCCGCACACUCCGCUUACCCCUGGCUUGGUGUGAGCGCGAUCAACUACCUCGCUGAGGCAAUCAUGGCGUUGAAUAUGCUUGAGCCUGCACUUCCGAGUAGCGAGCUACUUGGUGCUACGACACUAAAUGCGGGGCGCAUAAUGGGCGGUGUCGCAGGAAACGUUGUACCAGAGCAUGCCAAUGCUAGUAUUGUCGUUCGCAUAGCGAGGAGCGAAGACGACGCAGUCGAGGUCGUGAAAGACAUGAUGGCGGGCAUGCUUUCUCCUAUUGCCAGUCGAGCAAAGGAAGCAAAUGCAACUUUCAAUGUUCUUUUCGCCAAUACCACGUAUCCGGCGCCGAUUCUGGAUACCGACAUUGAGGGCCUGGAGGUUGCGCCUGUCUUCUACGGAACGGAUAUUCCCAGCCUGCCACAAGUUGAAAAAAAGUAUCUUUAUGGCACUGGUACGAUUGAAGUUGCACACACGGAUAAUGAGGGAUUGAGUCAAGAUGAGCUGAUACAAGCAGCUGAGGCAUAUGGUAUGAUAUUGGAGAGCUUAUUCGCAGAGUAG